CUUUCUCCAGAGACACUGCAGGGCAGAAGUAGAGAGAGACAAGAGCAUUCGCUAGUACGUCGUCGGAAGUACUUGCACUAUUUGUACGCCUUGGCACAAUUUUCACACCGAGAGAUUUGUGCGAGUUUUCUUACUGUGAGAGAGCUUCUUGUGAAGCAGUGCUGUAAGAAAGUAUAAGUAGUUUCUUGUAAAAAUGUCGGACGUGGGUAGUUCUUCCCCACAACGUUCCUCCUUCGGCAGCAACGAAAACCGCAAAGAAAAAGAAUGAGGAAGCUCGUGCUGACGCAAGUCGCUGCUGGCUCGUCCCCCGCCAGCCUGAUUUUACUUGCGGAAAACGUGAUGAACGCGGGGGCGACAACUACCCAGCCUGCGAGUGAAAAAUCUACGCAUGCUUCGCUGGAAGCAGAUAAAGAAAGCGAAAAUGAUGUUCUCGUCCAGCCGGACGAUCCCAGUGCCUUCCUGGAAGAGGGGACGAAGAAGGCGGCCGUCACAUGCAAGCGCACCCUGCCUCAUGGAUACUGGCACGAAUGCUUUAACGACAAGCUUAAGUGCGAAGGUACCGUAGGGAAAACAAGUAGGUAAGUAGUACACCCUUGCAAGAAAGAAAAUGAAUUGUUCGAAAUUCUGUGGCACAAAAAACAUUGUGAUGCUGCUCCGCAAUAAGAGCGGACUGCACGAACACAUGCCAUGCAGAAGGGAGAUUCGUAAUUCCGAAAAGGGAAGAUCAUAGUCGUCAAAGUACCGCGCAGUUUUGUAAUGCUGAGCCAGAGCCUGAUGAAGCUCAAGAAAAAGAAAUGAGGAAAAGAGCAAUUGAUAUUUAUAAAAAACUGCGCCAAUUCAGCAGAUGAUAUUUUUGCUUUUGGUCGUAUUGGUGUACUCCUUGUUGUCCUUUUCCGUGUGAUAUGCCAUAAGGCUAUCCAGGAAAAAACACCCAUCCGCAUCCAAUUUGCCAUGCAAAACCUACAUAAAAUCCUUCCUUGUGUUUGUCAUGCAAAAAGAAAAAAUGGAUGUGGAUGGGUUUUUUUCUGUGGAUAAAGGUAGAUCAAGGCGGUUGCGAUGGAGUGGUGAGCCUAUGGAUAUCAAAUGCAAAUCUGUCUAGGUCUGGAAGGAUUCGAACUUGUAAUGCGCAUUUCAUAACACACACAAAUCUCUCAUGCAUAGGCCGCAGAAAAAGACGCCCACUUCCUGUAACCAAAAUGGGAGACUUGUCAUGCGGAUUAGGCAUCGCGGAACCGUCUCGAGACCUGUGAUCAUGCUAGGGCGUCCAUGCCAGACCUUCUGCGUCAUGCAAAAACAGCAUGACAAAAAUCUCUGUUCUUUCAGACCCAGACAUAUUUGCAUUUGAUAAUGGAGGGGAUCAUGAAACGAGUGACGUUCCCGAAAGAUGCUGCUGGCCUCUACUAGUAGUAGAUGUAAAAGACGACCUUCUAUUCAUAACAAAAGAUGAUAAGGAAAGGCCCAAAUAAUGUGCAGCUCUUAUUGUGAAGAUGCGAUUGCGAAGCAGCUACCAAGAAUCACACCUGAUUGCGUAGAGCUGAGUUCACUAGGCCUUCUUUUUUUAUUUGCAGUGCAAAUAAACACCAUCGUAAUUCUGUAUGGGAGGGGACGGCGAGUGAGCUUUUUUUAGCUUCUUUAACCGUUUGGUCCCGCACUCCCUAUAAUAAAGUCACUCGCUUCAUUCCCUCUAUAGGAACAUAUUGGUCCUACGACGACGGAGACACUCAAAUGCUGCGUGUGGACGAUAUGGGAUUCUCAACUGUUACAUUCUCAACUGUUCUUACAUGGAUUUGUCACGCAAAAGCACCAUUAGCAUCCUCACGAUCAAGCUGCUCGUCCGCAUAACAAAUUUGCGAAGGCCUAAAUAACCUUAACCUCGCCUAAAUCUGUGCGAAACUUGUAAUGCUACAGGUGCAAGAACCUUCCCCCUUUCACUUUUCCAGGUCUUGCAUCACAAGCUUAAUAUGCAAGAACAGUUGAGAAGGUAUUAGCAGUUGAGAACGCCAUAGACGAGUGGUACGGUAGAAUGGACGUAUCACAUUCCGUAUCAAAUGUAAAAAUGUCUGGGUCUGGAAGAAUGCAACUUGAACUUGUGAUGCUGCAUGUGGAUUCCAAAAAUAUCUGUAUUGCAUGAGCACGAAAGGGAAUGCGAUUUUUGCUACGCGGAGAGGGCAUUUGUCAUGCGGAACAGGCAUCAAGAUUCCCGAAAAACGUCUGUGAUGCUAGGGCAUCCAUCACAGACAUCAUGGCUCAUGCAAAGCGUGCAUGACAAGUGUCGAAAUCUUCCAGACCACCCAGACAUUUUUGCAAUGCAUAUUCCGUGACCGAUAUCUAACGUCGAUGCCGACCUGCCGACACCAGGGCGACGAAAUCCGCCGGGGAGUGGUUUUGGUUAUGAAGCGAUAGCGAUUAUACAAGAAGACUGUAAAUACAAUUACAAAUGACCGCGCAGCGCGGUUCCAAAAUCUACUGUUGGCUGUAAAUUUGAUAUUGUAGGCGGGUUGGUUGUCAAGAUCGAUUUACAUCGUAUUUCUUGAUCAUGCCUAGAGAUAUAAACUCUUGCUGUAUCAUAUGACUCAGGAAGACCCCAGAAGCAGAAGCUGCAAUAGCAAUCUCAACCAAUUACGACACGACCUCGCCUUCACCUACCAGGAGUUUUCUUUUUCAGGCGCUUGGAGAUGAACCCUUAUGUGGUUGCGCGUUUUCGUUUUCAUCUCAGAU